ACCUUGGUUGGCGGCGGGCGGGCGGUGUUUGUGUUGGGAGUGUGAUGAAGUGUACUGGGAAGGCGGAUUUCGUAGAAGCAAUUGUGGGGCAGUGGAAGAGAUAAGUGUUGCGGCAUUUGCAUUGGAAACGUCUACCGGUCGACUGGAGGAAGAUGACAGGUCAUUGCUGCUGAGGCGGGUCAUGGCGGCAUGAGCUCCGCCCCCGACGACCCGGGCCCGCCCACUCCGGGCUCCGGCGUCGGUGACGUCACGCCGUCACGUGGCAGUCACGUGACGGCGGCCGACUCGCGUCGGGAGUCGCAGGCGAGUCGCGGCGACACUGCUGAUCAUGAGCUGAUCGAGAACCCCAUGUACGAGAUGGGCGGCGGCGGCGGCGGCGGCAGCGGCGCGCCCGGCUCGCGCAAGUCCGCGCAGUCGGCCACCUCAGUGCGCGCCUCGCCCAAAACGGACAGGCCGGCGGCAGCCGACCGUCCGGGGGUGAAGCGGUGGCACUCAGUGCCCGUGGGUCAGGUGGUGAGGCCUGAGGCCCGGGCCGCGCCGCCGCUUCAGCACCAGACCAGCCGCGUCGACCGCGUCAAGAGUUACAUGAAGCGGGGCACGAAGCAGUUCUUCGGCCUGGACGAGGAGUGCGACGACGAGAACCAGUGCCGAUGGCUGGAGCGGCGCCGGCGGCUGGCGGCCAAGGCGUACGGCCGGCUCAAGGACGACCCCAGCGACGCCCUGCCGCAGGUGGUGGAUCCGUACGGGGUGCGCGGCGGCCGUCAGCUGUCGCUGCCGGUCGGCUUCGGCGGUGACGUCACCGACUCGGCCAGCGCCACGGUGCAGCGCCGCCGCAAGGACAACGUGGCGCAGAUGACCUGGCAGGGGCUAGGCUACCUGGCCACGCUGGUGGCGCGCGGCCGGCUGCAGCGCGCCACCCAGCGUAGCUCGUCGCGCAGCUACCCGCCCAGCGCCGGCGACGAGCGGCUGCGGCUGGAGUCGGCCGACGGCGCGCCGCCGGCCGCCAAGGGCGCCGCCGCGCCGCCGUCGGACGUGAUGCAGGCCGCCACCGACGAGGUGUUCUUCGACAACGUGCCGUCGGCGGCGGACGGAGCCGGCGACAUCCGGGACCCGCUGCGGGACAGCCGGGACAGCGCCCAGUGGCAGCGACCGCCGGCCGAGCGGGACGUGACGGACGCCGGUCCGGGCGUCGGCCACAAGCGGAUUUGGGCGCAGAUGCUGGACCGCGUGUUCGACAACAGCAACCGGCGGCACUACGGUCGCGGCCUGGCCGGCAGGUUGUUCGGUGGUCGCACGCUGCGCCGAUCGGUGGCCGCCCAGUCGGACGUGGCCACCCAGCUGGACGACCUGGAGGACCACCGGCCGUACUUCACCUACUGGGUCACCACCGUGCAGCUGCUGGUCAUGGUCAUUUCGCUGGCGUGCUACGGCUUCGGGCCCAUCGGCUUCGAGCUGCAGCAGCAGAGCGGCAGGGUACUGGAUAUCAGUCUUUCAUUGCAACAAGUAGAUUAUUGGGAGCCGCCCAACCUCUGGCUCGGCCCGCGGGCGGCUGAUCUCAUCCACCUGGGGGCCAAGUUCGCGCCUUGCAUGCGGCGAGACGAGAAGAUACAGAGCGAGAUCUUCCGCGAGCGGAGGAAGGAGCGGGACACGGCGUGCUGCAUCCGGAACGACAACAGCGGCUGCGUCCAGUCGGCGCAGACUGAGUGCAGUCAGCGGACGCCGGGAUUUAGAGAUCUGAAGACGAUCAGCACGUUCAAGGCGUGGCAGGGCGGCCGCGGGCCGGACGGGCGCGUGUCGGGCUCCGUCUGUGGCCUGGACCCGCACUACUGCGCCGAGCCCGGCAGCCGGGCGCCGUACGAGUGGCCCGACGACAUCACCAAGUGGCCCAUCUGUCGGAAGGCGUCGGCUGCUCCCGAGGGCAGAGAGGCGGCCGAGCACAUGCUGUGCGAGGUGGUGGGUCACCCGUGCUGCGUGGGCAUCCACGGCCUCUGCCAGAUCACCACCCGCGAGUACUGCAACUUCGUGCGCGGCUACUUCCACGAGGAGGCGGCGCUGUGUUCGCAGGUGUCCUGCCUGGAUGACGUGUGCGGCAUGAUCCCGUUCUACAACCCGGAGAGGCCCGACCAGUUCUACCGACUGUGGACCUCCAUUUUCCUGCACGCCGGCAUCAUUCACCUGGUGUUCACCAUCCUGAUCCAGUUCUUCUUCCUGCGCGACCUGGAGAAGAUGGCCGGCGCGCUGCGCAUCGGCAUCAUCUACCUGGUGUCGGGCGUGGCGGGCAACCUGGCCUCGGCCAUCUUCGUGCCCUACCGCGCCGAGGUCGGUCCGGCCGGUUCCCAGUUCGGCCUGCUGGCCUGCCACUUCGUGGAGGUGAUCAACGUGUGGCCAAUGCUGCAGCGGCCGUGGCGGGCGCUGCUACGCCUGGGCGGCCUCACCAUGGUCCUCUUCCUCAUCGGUUUGCUGCCCUGGGUGGACAACUACGCGCACAUCUUCGGCUUCAUCGUCGGCUUCCUGCUGUCGUACGCGCUGCUGCCGUACGUCAGCUUCGGCCCGUACGACAGGGCGCGCAAGAAGGUGCUGAUCGCCGUGUGCGUCACCACCGUGACGUUGCUGGUGCUCUUCCUGCUCGUGCUCUUCUACGUGACGCCGUUCUACGAGUGUCCCGUCUGCGAGUAUCUCAACUGCCUGCCGCUGACGCGGGACUUCUGCGCCGAGCAGAACAUCAACUUCGACCGGCGGACCGAGUUGUGAUGAGCGGGCACCGCCGGCAGUCCGCGGCGCGCGACCGGCCGUAGUGGAGCGGCGCCGCCCGCCGCCGGGCGUCGGGCGCCGGGCGGCGGCGGCGCGGUGGUGCGGUGUGAUGCAUCGGCGAGAGGGCUGGAGGUGCGCGCGGCCGGUGGUCGCAGGAGGCGGCCGCGUUCUCGCGCAGCUGGCCACGGUUGGUGCCUGGACGGAGUGUGCACGUCUGCUGGAGCGCGAGGGGCGGCGCGCGCGUGCGCGGGCGUGUGGCGGUGUGCGGCAGCGUGCCCGAGGCGGCCGGCGCCGUGCUGCUGUGCGGCUCCUCUGCAGCUCGGACCGAGCUCGGGGCCUGGUCAGGCUGCCCACUCGUCGGUCCGGCCGGCCGUAGCGGCCCGGCUCCACCCCACCGAGCGCUGGCCUGGCUCCACCUGCCGGCGGCGGCCGCUCGAGCCCGCCGUGGCGACGUCGGCCGGAGGCAGUCCGCCGGAGUCCUCAGCUGCGCCGCCCGGGCCUGACUCCGGCCGACUCCUGAUGGGGAGUCGGGCUCAGGCGCCGGUGAAGAGGAGCGGCUUCGGAGGAGGCUGGUCGGAGCGGAUAAACCAAAUUGAACUUGUUUCAGGCUUUCUGGCAGCCAAAGAGCAAUUGACCCGUUGUUUUUUGACCGUGCGUCCUGUUCAAACGGCAUUUGGAUGACUUGUGUGGAGGAUAUCUUUGUAUGCUCAAACGGUUGUCGGGAGCCGGUCUCUGGUGCCCGAAAACGUCGAUGGUUUAGCUCUAUGGAACACUGCCCGUUAGUCUCGUGUUGCGACCAGUCUGGCGAGAGAAUGCGCCAGAUGUGUGAUCCGCAACAGCCUACAGCCCGAUAUCGUGGUCCCGCACUCAAGACGGGACUGACCGCGACAUGGAAACGUUCGCUAGCGAAGUGGCGAGAAACUCGGUAUUUCGGUUAUGUGGUUACCCACAUACCCAUUGAAAACUAGGCUCGUGCCGGAACAAAGCGCAUCGGGUGCUGUGUCAAGCUUGAUUUGCUUGUAAGAUUAGUUGUCUGUAAUCACGCCGCCUGCAUCCGCUCCCAGAUGUUUUGUGGGAGCGGCGCCCCAAAUAAGUUUGAGGCUGGAAAAGGAUGUGUUAGUAGUGUCCCUGCUAGAUAGUCUUUUCAGUCUGUAGCGCAGUUCGUUAAGCUAGUUAUGGCAAGGCCUGAAUUACAGGCGUGGAUGUUGUUUAAGUUAGUUUUGGCACGUUUGCCUUAGUCACGGGCGUAAGCUAGAACGUCGCGUUUUAUGAUUUACUUGCACUUAAUUUUAUUUAAAAUGCGUUGCUCCGCUAUGUUCAGGAUUUCUUCAGGAUUGUGCUUCUAUAUAUCCUCCGCCAUUCGGAGCCUGUUGAUCGAAGACAAGUUUCCAAAUCCAGGGCAUUACGAUUGUGCAAACGGUUGGCGAGUGCGCUCAGCUCGGACGGCAGUUGAUACUCAAUACUC